AUGAUAUGUUUCAACUCGGCUGCCAAAACUAUUCGUCUUCCUUUUGGAAAACCAUUCGACAAUAACUGCAAUCGACAAAUCAGGUAAACCGAAUUGUUAUGGUUGGAUUAUUGUCACAGGUGAAUAAAGGUCAUCAAAAAAAAAAAAAAAAAAACACUAUGCAUUCUUUCACAUUUGCUAACAAUGAAAUGAAAACCGGAUAAAUCUCCUUCAGUUUGAUCAAAUGAUUGAUUCAUACAAAUUAACAACUAAAUUAUUUUCAAAUAUUUCGAAAAUAGAAAUGCAACAUUUCAUCGAUUUAAUCAUAUCAAAAAAAAAACAGGUUAAGGCAAAAUUCGAAAAUGCUUCAGUUAAAUAUGGAUUUUUUUAUUUUGGAACGAAUUUUUAUAUGCGAAUUAUGGUUCAAGCAAUAAACAGCGAAUCGAACCAUUGA